AUGGAAGUUGCUAGAACAUUUGGUGCUACUCAAACUGCCCUUUUUACCAAUGCUGAUACUAAACCAACCGAGGAAGGAACUACCUUAGUUAUUACCGUAUCAUCAGAUCGUGGACUAUGUGGCGGUAUCCAUUCAAGUGUAUCAAAAGCUUCUCGUAAACAUGUCGCUGAAAAACCAAAUUCGCAAGUUGUGGUAUUAGGAGAUAAAGCAAAAGCACAGCUUUCACGUACAAUUCGUAAUAAUAUACGGCUUUCGUUUAAUCAAAUUGGAAAGGCUACCCCAACUUACGCCGAAGCGUGUGCUAUCGCCGACACUAUAUUGAAAGAGAAAAUUGAAUUUGAUCAGGCUAUAAUUGUUUAUAAUUAUUUUAAAUCAGUGAUUUCUUAUGAAGCUGAAACAAUUCCUGUAUUUUCAGAAUCUACGUUUUCCAAAUCCGGAAACUUUGAUGCAUACGAAGUUGAGGAUGAUGUAUUAGAAAAUCUUCAUGAAUUUGCGUUAGCAAAUUCAAUUUAUUGGGGCCUCGCUGAAGGUCAUGCGUCAGAAAUGGCAUCAAAACGCAGUGCAAUGGAAAAUGCUACAAAGAAUGCUGGUGAAAUGAUUGAUAAACUUACGUUAACUUAUAAUCGUGGUAGACAGGCUGUUAUUACCAGUGAAUUGA